AUGGACAUCAACCUCUCGCUCUCGCUAUCGCUCUCCCUCCUCCCAAUCCUCCUCCUCGCAACACCCACCCCCGUCCCACCAAUCCACACACGCCUCGCCCUAACGGGGCUGGGUGCCGGGGCUACUGGUACAGGCCAUCGCCAUCGCCUAUCUUACUACCUCUCACUCUGCAUCUCAGCCCUCACGCUAUGUCUCGGCCUCCAAACGCCCCUCAAUCCCACUGCGCUCAACCAGGGCGAAUAUCCCGCCUGCGCGGCCCUCACGACGGGAUACGUCUUCCGGGUCGAGAAUGCUGCGACCGUGGCGUUCCUGCAGAAGAUGACCCGCACGGGAUGGCUUACGCGCUUUGUGGUGCGGUCUGUGGGCGAUGCCGAGGGUGAGGAUGGGACGAAGUCACACUUUCGGUCUGAUUCUCAGCCCCGCGGGAGCGGGACUUCAUCAAACUCGACCUCUCAACGACGCUCCUCUUCAUCACCUCACCUCUCGAUGGCAUGUCUCCCCACGAUAGCUCUCCUCUCAUGGAUCAUAUCUUCGACCUGCUCGUCCUCUGACGCCGUGAGGGUCUCACCACCCCUCGUCCUCUCGUUCACGCUACUCCUCCUCUCGCGCGUCCUCGCGACAAUAGCCUUCCUCGAACGCACACGCACACGCGCCAAUCCCCAAUGGCACGGCGCCCCCGAGCCAGGCGUACCAGGCGACUUGCUCAUCCUGCUCUCAGAGGACCGCUGGGCCAGGAUGACGGGCCCGGUCGACGAUCUCAAAGCCGUGACGUCGGGACGGUGGCUCGCCUGCCGUAGGAGCGAGGGGCCUGCACCACGCGUGCUGUCCCUACCCGUGCUCAUGGGCUGUUUGGACUGGAUGGCCUCGAUGAUGGUGUGGAUGGCGGUCGUGGCGCUGGGCGGGGCAAGCGAUCUCGAGAAGGCGACGCUUGUCGGGGCGGUGAUUGCGGGGCAUUUGAUUCUCGUGUAUGAGAACGCGAGGGCUGAGGAGCUGGUCAUGAAUGGGCGCAUCGUCAGGGUGGCCAAGGCGCCAGACGCCCUGAAGAGGUAUGCGCGCCGAUUGGACAUGGCCGAGGAGCUGAUCAGGGAGGUGGGAAGGGGUGAUUUUGCGGUUCGGUUGGGCAUGAUCAAUCCGGAGCAAGUUCAGGGGAUGGGAAAGGACCACGGCAACGACGACGACAACGAUGAAACGCGAAAUGAGGUGGUGACCAUGUAG